AUGACGUCUAAUAAGCACGCAAAUGGCCACAGUCCCUUCCCGCAGAAGCUGAAGAACUUCUUUCGAAUCAACAGCCUCGGCAGCAACAGCGAGAAGAAUGAGGGUUCCAUAAAGUCGGAGAGCAAGAGCUCUUUUCGGCAAUCCAAGUUCUUCCCAGGCUCUGGCCGAAACAGAUCAACGACGGUGGCCAGCGAGGGCAAUGCGUUAGAUGAUGGAGUCAGUCCUACUGCUCAUGCCAAUCCAUACUUUGCACACCAAGGACCUCCUGCCUUACGACAUCACAAUGACGGUUCGGUGCCUCCAAGUCCACCUGAUACCCCGACACUGAAGAUCGAUGCAGUCUCUGGUGCGAACGAUCAAGCCACAAUCGCGGGAAAGGAAGAAUUGGCUCGGAAAUUGAGGAGAGUAGCGAGUGCACCGAAUGCACAAGGCAUGUUUUCGAACUCGAAAGGGAGUGCUGAUAGACCGGCGACAGCUGAGCUUGGAAAGGAGCCAUUGGCCCAAAAUGCCAGCACCAGCAUGCUGUCUUUGUUAGACUCGAGAUCGACUGCACUCAAUGGUAACUCGCUCGGUGUACCUGGACAAGAUGGUCUUGGAGCAUUACAACCACCGAAUCUACGAAAUGCCAUGGCCUUCAGGAGAACAUACAGCUCGAAUUCUAUCAAGGUCCGCAAUGUUGAGGUUGGCCCAGGAAGCUUUGAUAAGAUUAAGUUGAUUGGCAAGGGAGACGUUGGAAAGGUAUACUUAGUUCGAGAGAAGAAGAGCAGCAGGCUGUAUGCUAUGAAGGUCUUGAGCAAGAAGGAGAUGAUCAAGCGGAACAAGAUUAAGAGAGCUCUGGCCGAGCAGGAGAUUUUGGCCACGAGCAAUCACCCUUUCAUCGUCACGCUGUAUCACUCGUUUCAGUCGGAGGACCACCUGUAUUUGUGCAUGGAAUACUGCUCGGGUGGGGAGUUCUUCAGGGCUUUACAAACGCGGCCAGGAAAAUGCAUCCCGGAAGAUGAUGCAAGAUUCUAUGCGGCUGAGGUCACCGCGGCUUUGGAGUACCUCCAUUUGAUGGGUUUCAUUUACAGAGACUUGAAGCCAGAAAAUAUCCUGCUUCAUCAAUCCGGACAUAUCAUGUUAUCAGAUUUUGAUCUCUCGAAACAGUCAGACCCAGGUGGAAAGCCAACCAUGAUUCUUGGUCGAAACGGAGCGACGAACACGAACAACCUUCCAGCCAUUGAUACAAAAUCAUGCAUAGCCAACUUCCGAACGAACUCGUUUGUUGGAACGGAAGAGUACAUUGCACCGGAGGUUAUCAAAGGCUGUGGACACACCAGUGCCGUAGAUUGGUGGACUCUUGGUAUAUUGAUUUACGAGAUGUUAUUCGGCACAACUCCCUUCAAGGGCAAGAACCGCAAUGCCACCUUUGCGAAUAUCCUGAGAGACGAUGUUCCUUUCCCUGAGCACUCUGGGUCUCCUCAAAUUUCCAAUCUGUGCAAAUCGUUGAUUCGAAAGCUGCUCAUCAAGGACGAGAACCGCCGACUUGGAGCACGAGCUGGUGCCUCGGACGUUAAGACUCACCCCUUCUUCCGCACUACACAAUGGGCUCUGAUCCGACACAUGAAACCACCUAUGAUCCCACACCAAGGACGGGGAAUAGAUACAGUCAAUUUCAGGAAUGUCAAAGAGAGUGAGAGUGUUGAUAUCAGCGGAGGAAGAGCAUUACUGCCUUUACCGAAGGGCGUUCCUCUCGAUUCGGGCUUGGCUACACCUGCUAACGAGACUGUGGAUCCAUUCGAAGAGUUCAAUUCCGUCACACUGCAUCAUGAUGGGGAGGAUCACCACCAAACGGAAGACCAGAACAACGGUCGUUACGACGGAUAA